AAAGAUUGCAGCUGCGUCUGAUGAGGAAGAUGACGAAGAUGAAAGUCGGGAUGAGACAGCGGAGAGCGGUACUGGGUGGGAGAAGAUGCUAAGCAAGAAAGAAAAACUUUUGGAUAAACAGUUCAAGGAUCCAAGUCAAAUCACGUGGGAGACAGUCAACAAGAAGUUCAAGGAAAUUGUUGCUGCUAGGGGAAGAAAGGGGACUGGAAAGAUUGAAUUGGUUGAACAGCUCACCUUCUUGACCAAGGUGGCCAAGACUCCAGCACAAAAGCUUGAAAUUCUGUUUAGUGUUGUAUCUGCCCAGUUUGACGUUAAUCCAAGUCUCAGUGGACACAUGCCUAUAAAUGUGUGGAAAAAGUGCGUGCAGAAUAUGCUUACCAUCCUCGAUGUUUUGACCCAAUACCCAAACAUUGUGGUUGAUGACAUGGUGGAACCAGAUGAAAAUGAGACCCAGAAAGGAGCAGACCACUCGGGGACGAUAAGGAUCUGGGGAAACUUGGUUGCCUUUGUUGAAAGGAUAGAUGUAGAAUUUUUCAAGAGCUUGCAGGUAAUUGAUCCACAUACCCGUGAGUAUGUUGAGAGGCUGAGGGAUGAGCCGUUAUUUUUGGUUCUUGCUCAAAAUGUCCAACAUUAUUUAGAACGGGCAGGAGACUACAAGGGUGCUGCGAAAGUGGCUCUCAAACAGGUUGAAUUCAUUUAUUAUAAACCACAAGGAGUGUAUGAUGCUAUGAGGAAGUUGGCUGAGCUUACGGAAGGAGAAGGAGAGGCAGAGUCUAUAGAAGAAAACAAAGUGGUUGAGGAGAGUAGAGGUCCAACUGCAUUUGUUGCAACUCCAGAGCUUGUGCCCAGGAAACCUGCUUUUGAAGAGAACAGCAGGACAUUGAUGGACAGUCUCGUUUCUCUCAUAUAUAAAUAUGGGGAUGAACGCACCAAGGCCCGUGCAAUGCUCUGUGAUAUAUACCACCAUGCUAUCUUGGAUGAGUUUUCAAUAUCCCGUGACUUGUUAUUGAUGAGUCACUUGCAAGAUAAUAUCCAGCACAUGGAUAUUUCAACUCAGAUACUUUUCAACAGAGCCAUGGCUCAGCUCGGUCUCUGUGCAUUCAGGGCGGCACUUGUUGCAGAAGCGCAUGGCUGCUUGGCUGAACUCUAUUCUGCCGGCCGGGUGAAGGAGUUACUUGCGCAAGGUGUCUCCCAAAGUCGAUAUCAUGAGAAGACCCCAGAACAGGAGCGGAUGGAGAGGAGGCGUCAGAUGCCGUAUCAUAUGCAUAUAAAUCUUGAGCUUCUUGAGGCCGUCCAUCUGACAUGUGCAAUGCUUCUUGAAGUGCCAAACAUGGCAGCUAAUAGCCAUGACAUGAAGCGCAGGGUUAUUAGCAAGACAUUCCGGAGAUUGCUUGAAGUGAGUGAGAGGCAAACUUUCACCGGCCCACCUGAAAAUGUGAGGGACCAUGUAAUGGCAGCGACAAGGGCCCUCAAGCAAGGAAACUUUGAAAAGGCUUUUGAUGUUAUCAACUCCCUCGACGUGUGGAGGCUGCUACGCAACAAGGAUAGUGUUCUUGAGAUGCUUAGGGGCAAAAUAAAAGAAGAGGCACUGAGGACCUAUCUUUUCACAUAUUCUUCUUCUUAUAAUUCUUUGAGUUUGGAUCAGCUUGCAGGGAUGUUUGACCUUUCAGAUUCACAGAUCCAUAGCAUCGUGAGCAAAAUGAUGAUUUCUGAGGAGCUUCAUGCAAGCUGGGAUCAACCAUCCCGAUGCAUAGUCUUUCACGAUGUUGAGCAUACAAGACUGCAGUCUUUGGCAUUCCAGUUAACGGAAAAGCUGUCAGUAUUAGCAGAAAGUAAUGAAAGAGCAACAGAAUCGAGGAUGGGUGGUGGUGGAUUGGAGGGCAUUCCCCUGAGGCGCAGGGACGGCCAAGAUUAUGCUUCUGCAGCUGCUGGUGCUGGUAAGUGGCAGGACUUCUCCUUCUCACAAGGCAGACAAGGUGGCGGUGGUGGCCGAACAGGAUAUGUAGGUGGUAGAUCAGCUUCAGGGCAAGCAUCGAGGGACCGUACUAAUCAGGCACGGGGGACUUACGGUGGUCAAGGCUCAAGAUAUCAGAGUGGUGGAGGUGCGAGGGGAAGU